AUGGACAUGGUCGGCAAACUCUUCCAUGCAGCCUGUGCCACCGUGCGAAACCUCGGCGUGCGGAUCAUGCCCACACCAGUCAGCUGGCGGUUUACACUUGCGCUGGGAAUACGCCGAGAAAGACGGCAGUCUCUAUGUAGUAGGUUCAUUUUACGAGGGAUCAUGCAAAAGCACUCUAUGCUUAACACUCCACCGGGGAUAACGCUCAGACCGGGAUAG